AUGCACAAGUUCCCACCUGCUCCACCCCGGGCCCUCGGUGGUCUCGUGCUGGAGACCUGGGUGCUGAAGAGAUGGGAUUCUUGCUUCUGCAAACACAGGAGGGUGGCUGCUAGGAUUAAAGAUGUGUGCCACCGGCAUUACUACAACGGGACCCAGGGCCUGAUCUUCGUGGUGGACUGCGCCGACCGCGACCGCAUCGACAAGGCCCGCCAGGAGCUGCACCGCAUUAUCAAUGACCGGGCGAUGAGGGACGCCAUAAUCCUCAUCUUCGCCAACAAGCAGGACCUGCCCGAUGCCAUGAAACCCCAUGAGAUCCAGGAGAAACUGGGCCUGACCCGGAUUCGGGACAGGAACUGGUAUGUGCAGCCCUCCUGUGCCACCUCCGGGGACGGACUCUAUGAGGAGCUCACAUGGUUAACCUCUAACUACAAAUCCUAAUGAGCAUCCUCCACCCAUCCCCCGGAAGGAGAGAAAUCAAAAACCCAUUCAUAGGAUUAUCACCACCACCAUCAACCUCUCUCAAUUGCCACUUUCUUUUUUGAAUCUGAACUCUGGAGUUACUGUUCUACGGUUUAGUGGGGUUGGGGUUUCCUUUUUUUUUUUUUUUUUUUUUGGCUUUGCUUUAGGAUGCUCUGAUCUGAUAUUUGACACGAAUACAGUGCUAGAUGCUCUUGUGACUUCCAGCAAACGGGGUGGGGUAAUAGCAGCUCUUGGUAAAAUCCUUUAUAAUAAUGGUUUGAUUUUUUUAUGUCCAGAGAAUCUUUUUCCCCCCAAUGUAUGCUUUUUUCCUUUUUGCCCAGUUUCUUAUCACUUGCUGUAGAUGGCUUAUUUUGCAUUCAUGCAGACUAUGUUGCAAGUCUGUUUCAUCUAGUAAACUGAAAAUUAUUGCUUAA